GCAGCACUGGCUUUGCUGAGCAGACAGUGGCCUUGUUUCUCAUUGGAGAGGGCCGUUGUAAUAGGAUAGUUUAGGGAUUACAGGUAAGACUCCCAAGACCUCUAACUCUGGCCAGAUGCAGUGUGUCUCACCAGCUAUGGGCAUGGAGGUUCACCACUGAGGGGACACUACGGGGGGAUCACCACCAAACAACCCGGACUGACCUCUGCUAACGGACUACAACAUACAGAACAGCGGCUGCGUUGUUCUCGGAUGAAAUCGAUUCGAUCUCGUAUUCUGACAAAGAAAGGGAACUUCACGGAUUACACAGAGUUAGCUGUUGUUGCACAGAUCCUCUGAAGCUCCAGCAGUUCCAGCUCCUCUUUCAGAGAGUGCACCGGCUGAACACUUCUGUGUGUCUUCACACUCUUCCAGCCUUCCUUUCUCUCAGGUUUACACCACAACACUCUUUCACAAUGGUUGUGGGUAAGAUGAAGCUGACUUUUCAGAAAAGGGUGAAGCUGGCCCAGGGUUUAUGGCUGCUCUCGUGGUUUGCAACGCUGGGUGGAGCCGUUACCUUCACUUUAGGAUGCUUCCUAAAGACUGAGCUUCGAAGGAGGGGAGAGGUAAUGGACAACACAGACAUCCACUGUGUGCCCAACACCUUGAUGAUCGUGGGUCUGGCUUCAAUGGGCAUCAACUACUUUGCCAGUCGAAUCUGCCAGGAUGCCCUGGAUCCCGGCCGUUUCCCACGAUGGAAGACCUACCUGAAGCCCUUUUUUGGAUGCUCGGUCUUCUUCAGCACCCUCAUGCUGCUUUCAGUCAUCCUGAGUUACGCCAUGAAGGGCAGCCUGGAGUCCUCGCUGAAGAUCGGGCUGAAGAACGGCAUCCGCUUCUACAAGGACACCGAUACCCCCGGCCGCUGCUUCCAGAAGCAGACCAUCGAUCGCCUUCAGAUGGAGUUCCAGUGCUGCGGGAACAGCAACUACAAGGACUGGUUCGAGGUGCAGUGGAUCAGCAACCGUUACCUGGACUUCAGCUCGAAGGAAGUCAAGGAGUGAGUCACUGAGAAAGCGUUAGAGCGAUACAAGAGUUCACCCACAUAUGAAAACCGUGUCGCCAUUUACACACCUUCACCAAAACAACAUCAUUCGAAGAAUGCUUCUUCUGUUUUGUUUCCAAGAAUCUUCUUUUAUUUUCCACAGGAUGAAGGCUCACACUUCACAUAGUCAGUUAAGUUUGAGGAUUAAGGGAUCUAGAAUACGGUCAUGCAGAGUAAGGCAUUAAUAUGUGCUUUGUAAGUACUAAUAAACAGCCAAUGUGCUAUAGUUAUAUGCGUGCUGAUAUAGUGAGAACUGGAUCUUGAACUAAAGUGUUACCAAAUAAAGAAAUGCACACAGGUUUAGAACACCACAAUGGUGAGAGAAUAAAGCAAUAAGCCCCAAGAAGCCAGUGAAUUAUAACAGCUGAGGGGCGUUGUUAGGCAC